AGAAAACCACGCUUCCCUUGAAGAAGGGCUUUGCGUUUUGCAGUGCCCAACAAAGCAGUAGGCACUAAUUCCCGCCAAAGAGCGCCGAUUGCACGAGACUUCCCGGGAAAAUUCCCUGAAUUCCCGCUUAGUUUAAACCCUUAAACGCAGUGACAACAACUCAUCAAUGAAUCUCUCUUCUCCAUAGCUCGACAUUCUCAAUAAUCACGCUCUCGUUUCCUCCCUGUGAACUGUAAACUGCGAAGACUUCGGAGCCAUCUGUCGAUAGGCACAGAGAUUCUCAAAUGGCGCCGUCGCGUCGACAGAGCAACGGCCGAUCUUCUUUGGUUAACCAACAGCGCCAAAUCACGGCUUUCUUCUCUAAAUCUGCGACUCCAUCGCCUUCUCCAUCCCCCGUCAUCUCCAAACAAACCUCAAAAUUGAACCCUAAGCCUAACCCUAGCCCUACCCGGAGUCCUAGCCCUCACCCCGCCACUCCUUCUCCCGUCCAAUCGAAACCUAAGAAACCUCUAUUAGUCGUUGGUGGCACUACUCUUGCACCGAACAUGUCGUACGGAGAAGAGGUUGUCGACAAGAGGAUCAAGGUUUACUGGCCCUUGGACAAAGUGUGGUACGAAGGUUUGGUGAAGUCUUUUGAUGAGGAGUCUGGCAAGCACUUGGUUCAAUAUGAAGAUGCUGAGGAGGAAUUGUUGGAUUUGCGGAAGGAGAAGAUCCAGUGGAUUGAGGAUAGUGCCAAGAGAUUGAAGAGGUUGCGAAGGGGAUCUUCUUUGGCUUGUGAAAAGAAGUUGUUACUUGAAGAAGAAGAGGAGCAGGUGGUUGGGGAUUUGGAGGAUAAGAGCGAUGAUUCUAGUGAUGAAGAUUGGGGAAAGAAGAAUGCAGAGAAGGAGCUCAGUAAGAAUGAUGACGAUGAUACGGAUUUGAUUGAUGAGGAGGAUGAGAUAGAGGUAAAGAAAUCGAGAAAGCGGAAGGUGAGUGGGGAUGAAAAAUUGGUAUACGGGAAGAAGAGCAAGAGUAAUGGAAUAGCAAGUAAGGGAGGGCUUAAGGUUUCGGGUGUGGAGCCGGUAAACAAUGCUGAGAAUGGGAAGGCAUCUAAUGGUUUUGUGGAUGAUGCUACAGAAAGGUUUGGCAUACGUGAAGCUACAAAGUUCCGCUUCCUCGAGAUAGACCGAAGAGAUGCAAAUAGAAGACGGCCUGGGGAUGAAAAUUAUGAUCCAAAGACUUUAUAUCUUCCUUCUGAUUUCUUAAAAAAAUUAUCAGGUGGCCAGAGACAAUGGUGGGACUUUAAGUCAAAGCAUAUGGACAAGGUUCUCUUUUUCAAGAUGGGCAAAUUUUAUGAACUUUUCGAAAUGGAUGCACACAUUGGAGCAAAGGAACUUGAUUUGCAGUAUAUGAAGGGAGAACAACCUCAUUGCGGCUUUCCAGAGAGAAACUUUUCAAUGAAUGUGGAGAAAUUGGCUAGAAAGGGUUAUAGAGUUCUUGUCAUUGAGCAAACAGAAACACCAGAACAGCUGGAACUUCGUCGGAAAGAGAAGGGUUCUAAAGAUAAGGUGGUGAAACGCGAAAUAUGUGCUGUGGUUACGAAAGGAACAUUAGCUGAGGGAGAGUUGACGUCUGCAAACCCUGAUGCAUCUUACUUAAUCACGGUGACUGAAAGCUUUCAAAGUUUAAGAAACCAAGGCGGGGAGAAAAUUUUUGGUGUUUGUGCGGUUGAUGCCGCUACGAGCAAGGUAGUUCUGGGACAGUUCAGGGAUGAUUCAGAGUGCAGUUCCUUGUGUUGCCUAUUAUCUCAGUUAAGGCCUGUCGAAAUAAUAAAGCCUGCUAAGAUGCUUAGUCCGGAAACUGAUAAAGCAAUCGUCAGACACUCAAGAAACCCCCUUGUGAAUGAGUUAGCCCCGGUUGUGGAAUUCUGGGAUGCAGAGAAAACUGUUCACGAGAUUAAAACGCUCUACAAGCGUAUCUCUGUUCAACCAGCUUCUGGAUCUUUAGUUGAAUCAGAUUCAUGUUCUAUGGAUAUGCAUACGGAGGAACCAUUAGACCACCUGCCAGACAUUUUGUUAGAGCUAAUUAGUGCUGGCGAGGAUGGGACCUUAGCACUCUCAGCCCUUGGAGGAACUCUCUAUUACUUGAGACAGGCUUUUCUGGAUGAGACACUGCUUAGAUUUGCAAAGUUUGAAUCACUUCCGUGCUGCAAUUUCAGAGAUAUUGCCCAAAAACCAUGUAUGAUUCUUGAUGCUGCUGCCCUGGAGAACCUUGAGAUUUUUGAGAACAGCAGAAAUGGUGAUCCUUCUGGGACGCUGUAUGCACAACUGAACCAUUGCGUGACAGCAUUUGGGAAAAGGUUGCUAAAGACAUGGUUGGCAACACCUUUAUAUCAUUUGGAAUCAAUAAGGGAACGCCAGGAUGCAGUAGCUGGUCUUCGAGGGGUAAACCAAGCCUAUGCACUUGAAUUUCGAAAGGCAUUGUCCAGGCUUCCAGAUAUGGAGCGGUUGCUUGCAAAAAUCUUUGCUGGAUGUGAAGCUAAUGGUAGAAAUGCAAACAAAGUAAUUUUAUACGAGGAUGCUGCAAAGAAACGACUUCAAGAGUUCAUAUCAGCUCUGCGUGGCUGUGAAUUAAUGGCUCAAGCAUGCGGUUCACUUGUUGUAAUUUUGGAAAAUUCUGAUUCUGAACAACUAAAGAAUUUAUUAACGCCUGGUAAGGGUUUUCCUGAUAUACUUCCAAAUCUUAGACAUUUCAAGGACGCCUUUGAUUGGGGUGAGGCUAAUAGUGCUGGACGUAUUAUACCUCACGAAGGAGUUGAUAUUGAGUAUGACUCUGCAUGUAGAAAAGUUAGGGAGAUUGAGUUUAGUUUGACAGAAAAUCUGAAACAACAAAGGGAAUUACUUGGAGAUUCAUCGGUCUCUUAUGUCACUGUUGGAAAGGAGACAUAUCUAUUAGAAUUGCCUGAGAGUUUACGCGGUUCUGUUCCUCGGGAUUAUGAGUUACGCUCAUCCAAAAAAGGAUUUUUCAGGUACUGGACACCAAAUAUCAAGAAGCUAUUGGGAGAGCUAUCACAAGCUGAAUCUGAAAAGGAGUCCUCGUUGAAGAGCAUUUUGCAGAGACUAGUUAGAAGUUUCUGUAAGCAUCAUGAAAAGUGGAGGCAACUGGUUUCUACUACUGCAGAACUGGAUGUUUUGAUCAGUAUAGCUAUUGCAAGUGACUUUUAUGAAGGACCAACGUGCCGUCCUAUUAUUUUAGACUCAUCAGGAUCAAAAGAAGUGCCAAAGCUUUUUGCUAGAGGUUUAGGGCAUCCUGUUCUUAAAAGUGAUUCUUUAGGCAAGGGUGCAUUUGUCCCAAAUGACAUAUCUCUUGGUGGUUCGGGUCAUGCCAGCUUUAUUCUUCUUACUGGUCCUAAUAUGGGUGGAAAGUCAACUCUUCUUCGCCAAGUUUGCUUGGCCGUUAUUUUGGCCCAGAUGGGAGCGGAUGUCCCUGCAGAAAGCUUUGAGCUGUCACCUGUUGACCGAAUUUUUGUACGGAUGGGUGCCAAAGAUCAUAUUAUGUCUGGGCAAAGUACAUUUUUAACCGAACUUUCAGAAACUUCUUUAAUGCUGUCAUCCGCAACAUGUAAUUCAUUGGUGACACUGGAUGAACUUGGACGUGGGACGUCAACUUCAGAUGGACAAGCCAUUGCGGAAUCAGUCCUUGAUCAUUUUGUUCAUAAGGUGCAGUGUCGAGGAAUGUUUUCAACUCACUAUCAUCGCUUAGCGUUGGACUACCAGAAAGAUCCUAAUGUUUCACUCUGUCAUAUGGCUUGCCAAGUUGGGAGUGGAGAUACAGGUGUGGAAGAAGUUACAUUUCUUUAUAGGUUGACUCCUGGUGCAUGCCCUAAAAGCUACGGUGUUAAUGUUGCACGGCUAGCUGGACUUCCGGACUCUGUACUUCAAAAGGCUGCCGAUAAGUCUAGAGAAUUUGAGGCAUUAUAUGGUAGAAGUGGGGAGGUUUCUAAAGAUCGCUUGCUCAUGCAAAGUUGUUGUGAUGAGAUAGUAGUUUUCAGCCAAAAAUUAAACAAUUUUAUGUCGAACUUGAGUUGCAAGUCCGCUGAGAAGAUUGACAUGGCCUGCUUGACUACACUCCAGCAUAGAGCCAGGAUGAUUUUGCAACCGGAUUGAAGUUAUGGACCUCUAUCUUUCGAAUUUCAGUGAGAAGGCAUAUUAUGAUGGCGUUCACUGAGGUAUUUGGGUAACUUGUUUUCAUAAUCCAGCCAAAGGGUAGCUGAAGUUUUUCCACUGGAGAAUUGCUUUUAUUCCUGACAACCUUCCCGAUUUCUCUAUCAGAGCAUUCGCUGUAAAUAGAUACGACGAUCACAUCUUGCCUGAUUAGAUUGCUGGUAAUCCUAAUUUUUUGUAAGUUGCACUGACAAACCUUUUGUGCAUAGUAAUUACAUUUUGGAGAAAACUUAGGCGAUGUUUGCUUGUUGGAAAAUAAUUGAUUUUGCUCUGGAGCCAUAUA